UGGGCUUCCACCCUGCCAGCAAGAGACUGGUUGCUCACUGGUUAGAGCGUGCAGAUAGGAAGUUUAAGGAAUGUGCUUUCCCUUUUUUUGCCUUGGGCAACACUCUAUACACAUAACUGGAAUACAUUCAAUUAAUGAUACUGUGUCUCUGCAGAGUUCAUCCUGGGAAGUGAGAUUCAAGAUUAUGGAAAGGAGUUAGAGACUUGCAAAAUAAUAAUUAAGAAAAAUCACACACCAAAACCUCUUCUUUUCACAAAUACAGGUUGAUGAUGUCUUGCCUGUGGUUGUGGGGAGGCUAACUCUGUUGCUUCUGGUUGCAUUGGAAAUCUGAAGUUAAUGCUCAUGAGAAGUAAAACCAGAGAACGUGAGUUACUCAGUGUGCCUGAAGAUUGCAGAGGCAGCAGCGAAAAGACAAACCUUCUCUUUGAAGCACUAGCUUCAACUGUGUCUUAUUCUAUGCACUGAGCACAAUAGCAGCUAACCUGGGAGAAAAUGCCAGCUAAAGGUAAAUACUUCUUCAACGAAACUGAUGACUGCAGGAUGUCAGACCCACUCUAUGAGAAGUACCGCUAUACGAGCCAGCAGCAUCCACUCCUGCUACUGCUGCUUUUCAUUGCAAUCAUCUUCUGGACUACUCUAAUUAUAGUCUUUUUUACCACUGAGGACGCACAUUAUCAUCUUGCCUUCAUUAUUGCAGUAUGUGCUGCUCUUGUCAUAUUUGCUGUCAUGUACUUACUUUUAUGUAUCGAAUCCCUGUUUCGGAGGUGGCUGAUGCUAUUUGGAGUUAUGAUUUGGAUUUGCUUCUUAAUCGUAGGAUAUGUAUCACUUUUUGAAAGAGAAAAUGAUUACCAGCUGUGGGAACAGGUGCCAUUCUUUCUAUUCAUAAUCUUCACAGUUUAUACCAUGCUACCCUUUGGGAUGCGAGGUGCUGUCGUAAUUAGCGUUCUUUCUGCUCUCUCCCAUAUUAUUGUUCUAAGCAUUAUGGUAAGCAUGACUUCUCAGGAAAAUAAGGAAUCCAUUCUAUUUCAGCUAAUUGCCAAUGCCAUCAUCUUCCUUUGUGGUAACUUGAUGGGUGCAUUUCACAAACGCCAAAUGCAGGUUGCUUCAUGGGAUUUGUAUAGAUACACCUUAAAAUGCAUUCAGGUCAGAAUGAAAUUGAAGAUUGAAAAGAGGCAACAAGAAAAUUUGCUUUUAUCCAUACUGCCGGCUCAUAUCUCUAUGGAAAUGAAGCUAGCAAUCAUAGAGCGACUAAAGGAAACUAAUGAUAAUAGGCAAAUGCAUGACAAUAACUUCCAUAGUCUAUAUGUAAAAAGGCACCAAAAUGUUAGCAUUCUUUAUGCAGACAUUGUAGGAUUUACUCGCCUUGCCAGUGACUGCUCUCCUAAGGAACUAGUAGUGAUGCUGAAUGAACUUUUUGGAAAGUUUGAUCAGAUUGCAAAGGAGAAUGAGUGCAUGAGAAUAAAAAUCCUGGGAGAUUGUUACUACUGUGUCUCAGGCCUACCUGUGUCCUUACCGGUUCAUGCCAGGAAUUGUGUUAAAAUGGGACUUGACAUGUGUGAAGCAAUAAAGCAGGUGAGAGAAGCCACGGGAGUGGAUAUCAACAUGAGGGUUGGCAUUCAUUCUGGGAACGUGCUGUGCGGUGUCAUCGGCCUCCGGAAGUGGCAGUACGAUGUCUGGUCACACGAUGUGUCCUUAGCAAACCGCAUGGAGUCCUCUGGCGUACCUGGCCGUGUGCACAUCACUGAAGCAACAUUGAAUCACCUAGGCAAAGCAUACGAAGUAGAAGAAGGGAACGGACACCUGAGGGAUCCUUACCUUGAAUCCAUGAAUAUCAAAACCUACUUAGUGGUUGAUCCAAGGUCCAAACAAUGCAUAUCAAAUAAUCAUCUCCCUAAAACGAGAGUUAAUGAUGGGCUGAAGAUGCGAGCAUCUGUUCGGAUGACACGUUAUUUAGAGUCAUGGGGAGCAGCCAGGCCCUUUGCCCACUUGAACCACAGAGAAAGUGUGAGCAGUGACUCUUCAAGUUCACAAGGAAAGCGAAGAAAGGAAAUACCUUUGUGUUCCACUGGGCGCCAGAGAAACUCUGAUAGAAAUUCAUCUCAGAAGGGGAGGAUAGAGGAAGAUAUUUAUGAUGAAAUGAUGUCAACCAUCGAGGGCCUCAGUUCAACUAAUCCGUGGUGCGGCAGAUCGGAUGACUUCUGUGGGUUUUCACUGAUUUUUGCAGAACCCAGUCUUGAAAAAGAGUAUCGCACCAUUCCUAUUCUAAAACUGAAGAGUUACUUCGCAUGUGCCAGUUUUGUGUUCCUCUGUAUAUUUCUGAUACAGAUGUUCAUAAUGCCAAAAACUGCAAAACUGGGAAUUUCCUUUAGCAUUGUGGCAGUCAUCAUUGUACUCAUUUUGUUUGUAUGCUUUGCUGAGAAAUGUAUGAAGUGCUGCUCAGAACGCUGGCCUUUCCUGCGCUACCUUUGUGCUAUCUCGGAAAAGGUGGAAACAAUGCCUUUACUCAGGCUUCCCUUAGCAGUCAUCACUAUUGGUGCCUUGCUGAUUAUAGCCAUUUUUAAUUUCACCACUGAAGGGAACAAACCUGCAAACUUCACUGGAUCAAAUGACCCAUGUGCUACCACCUAUCCUUUUGGAAACACAACUCAACCCUGCCUUGAAGAAACUUAUUAUGCUUACUGCUGCAUAUUGGCGUUCAUCGCUUGCUCAGUAUUUCUUCAAAUGAGCUUCGAACUCAAAGUUCUCCUCCUGUCCAUUGCUGUGACUGUGUACCUCAUCAUUUUCAAUACCGUUCAGCAUAGAAAUUUGAGCUUUUAUGGCAACAGUACCAGGCUUUUCAUCAAAGAGCCAAGGAUAACAACUAAUUUAUAUCUGGUUCUGUUUUACAUAACCCUGAUUUUACUUGCAAAACAGAUUGACUAUUACUGUCGACUGGAUUGCCUGUGGAAGAGUAAGUUUAAAAAAGAACAUGAACAGUUUGAAACAAUGGAGAAUGUUAACAGGCUCUUGCUGGAAAAUGUGCUUCCAGCACAUGUUGCUGCAUAUUUCAUUGGUGAAAAACGAAAUGAGGACUGGUACCAUCAAUCUUACGACUGUGUCUGUGUCAUGUUUGCAUCAGUACCAGAUUUUAAGGUGUUUUAUACUGAAUGUGAUGUCAAUAAAGAAGGCCUGGAAUGCUUGCGGCUGUUAAAUGAAAUCAUUGCUGAUUUUGAUGAGCUCUUGUUAAAACCCAAGUUCAGUGGCGUUGAAAAAAUAAAAACCAUUGGAAGCACUUACAUGGCAGCGGCCGGCCUCAGUGUUACACCCGGCCAAGAGAACAACCAGGAUAAGGAGAGACAGCAUGCUCACAUUGGGAUUAUGGUGGAAUAUGGGAUUGCCUUGAUGAGUAAACUGGAUGGCAUCAACCGACAUUCCUUUAACAAUUUCCGCCUUCGUAUUGGGAUAAAUCAUGGCCCUGUGAUUGCUGGUGUGAUCGGUGCCCGGAAACCUCAGUAUGACAUCUGGGGGAACACUGUCAAUGUUGCCAGCCGCAUGGAGAGUACAGGGGAGCUUGGGAAAAUUCAGGUCACAGAAGAAACAAGUAAAAUACUACAGGAGUUGGGAUACUCAUGCGAAUGUAGGGGACUCAUUAACGUCAAAGGCAAGGGAGAACUGAGGACUUACUUUGUUUGCACUGAGAUGGCCAAAUUCCAAGAGGAGAAGUUCUGAAUAGUUCCUGGAAGGCUCGCAGCCACCAGCCUGAAAAAGGCUACCUUUUCCUGUAUCGAUUUGGGGAUUUACCUGGAAUUAUCAUGAAGCAUUUUCAGUUAGUUCCUUUCCUUACCUGCACUGUGGGAGUUUAACAGCUCCAGUACCAAGAGCUGUGGAUGCACAGCAGAACUCAUUACUAGGUUGGAACAUUCCACCACUUGGUUCUGCCCCACACCUUCUUACUACAGUAUUGCAUUUGUCACGGACAGCGAGGUGACGCUCUGGGUGCUGUGGAUCCUGCUUUUAGUGCUAACCAGACUGCAGAGUGGAAGACGCUGACUAAUGGGAAGAGGAUCGCAAGUAAACUCAAAUAUAUCCUGUGACAAUUGUGCUGAGCUCCUUUGGGAAAGAAGAAUUGCACAGCAUCGGAUCCCUGUUUCUUUGUCUUUGCCUCCUCGACAGCAUACAUCGUACUGCGCAAAUGUUUUUGUGACCAACAGUUCUUCAGAGCUAACUUUCAUCCAGUUUGGCAUGUUUACAUUACAUGUCCUCCGUUGUGUUUCUGUGUGUCUGUACUGGUAUCUGCAUGCACAUUCUGUACAGUCACCUAAGCGAGUGUCUUUAAAGUUCUGGCUUUAAAUGUAAAAACAUAGGCCCAACCUCGAGGAGCACUGGGCACCUGUGGUUUGUCCUCGUGCUUGAUUAGACAGGCUCUGAGGGCAGCUUGUGCUGCUGGCGCCAGCGGGAGCUCUGUGUGCUGGCUGCAUUGAGGGCACUUAUGGGAUCAAAAAUAAUCUGGUUUGAAUUGUUUGGACACUGAAGAGCAGACUUAUAAGGUCAGAUUAGCAGCAGUAGCAGAUACUGUAUAGACAGAACUGUGUCUGAGGUGGAUUUGGGUUUUUUUUUUCUGUUCUUACUUCCUUAAUUUGACUAGCCUCUGGCUGGUUUAUGUACCUUUUAAAGGCAAUGCAGUUUUGGAACAGAUUGGGUUUGAAGGCUACAAAAGGAUGAGGGGAAAAAACAUAUUCAUAAUGGAAAUGUUUCAGCAGAGCCUCAAUACUGGAAGUACAUGCAGAGUGUUAGUAAGAUCAUCACAGAAAUGGACUUGCUGACAUUGGUUUAGUUUGUUAACUCUUAAGCUGUUAAUGGCUUUUGCUGUUUUCUAAACUAGUGUUUUUCUACUUAUUGCAGUCACUUAGUCUGCUUUCUGUUGGUGGAGAUGGUAGUAUUUUGUAAGGCUAACAAACAGCUUGUGCCCAAUUACAGGUAUUAACUAAGGAUGGAUCCCCCCUUCCCCAGUACACCACAUGUAGUAUGAUGAUGCAGCAUGGUGGUUAAGGAGUUCAACAUCAAUUUUGUUAAGCCUUACUCUUUUACAAACAAAGCAGUGUUUACUAAUCUUUCUGGGUUUAGUACUAACCCAUACCAGAAAAGUGUUUAACAAGCAGUCCUACGCAUCACUGCCACUUUCCAAUGACUGUGUGAUUUCUCUAGAAGAUGGAGUGACUAUGUUUCAAGACAGGAAGAAGUCUAAAUAUUGGCCAGCUGUGGAUUAAACAUUGUGCUUCUAGCCUUUGUCAAUUUGGUAGGUCAAACCUGUGCCUAUAGCAAGUCUCCAACAAGAAAUGGCAGGUUAGGAAACUCUGAGGUUGACUGGGUCAUGCAUGGACUUGCUGAAGGACGUUUCGUACUUUUCUUGUUAGUGUAAGGUCAGUGUUGUAGUUGAAUAAACUUUAAAAUGGCUUUUGCUACUCCUGUAUAUUGUAUGUUUGUAGUAACAGAUGCUCAGCAAGUGCUUGUUUUGAGAUAUUUAUUUAUUGUUUUCUAAGGACCACGCAUGCAUCAAAGGCUCUUUUUGGCCUUUGAUACUGUACGUUAGGUGAAGUGACUAUUUGCCUCAUGAAUGUUUUGCCAAGUGUGUUGUGCCUGGAGCUGGAGCUGGCUCUUAAAAGUGUCCCCGGUCGCAGACCUGGUAGGAUGUAGAUGUAAGUUAUCUGUGAAAGAAAAUUCCCCGUCUGUAACAGCAUUUUGAAAUGCUUUUAUUUACACUGUACUGCCAACCUGCUUGGGCAUAACUUCAACUGAAGCUCACUUCCAGAAUGGGUAUAGAGAGUUGCAGCUUCCAAACAGAAAUAACUUGAGGUGUUGCAUGUUUAAGAGGACACAAUGCACUUGUGCUGCUCGCCCAAUGUCCGUGUGCUAUGCAAGGCACGCCUGGGAAGUGAGAUGGCGUGUCACAAAGGAGUUGGAUCUGGGGAUGACUGAGGACUGAUUUCUCAUCAGAACUGGAACUGUGUAACAUGAGAGCUAUAUUCAACCACCGAAAAAGUUCAAUUUAAGCAGCAGCUGUAUUUAAAUAAUUGUUUUCAACAGUUCUUGUGAGAGCAAACUGUGAAAUUUAAGAUCAAGGAAUAACCUUGUUAGCAAAACCCUUCUUUAUAGCAUUAUUGUUUCCUUAAACUGAAAAAACAUUUGAAGAGCUAAUAAAGUCUUGAACUAGCAGUCUAUUUUAAAGAACAAACUUUUGGUUUUACCAUUAAAUAAAAAACUUCCUGAAA